AUGGCUGCUGUCAUCAAGGCGAUCAACGCCAAGAUCCGCUCCAAUAAGGUGGCGGAUUACAUCUGCUCAACCCACUUCUGGGGCCCUGUCUCCAACUUCGGUAUCCCCAUUGCGGCUGUGAUGGACACCCAGAAGGACCCUGAGAUUAUCUCCGGCCCGAUGACCGGUGCUCUGGUUGUCUACGCUGCUACCUUCAUGCGCUACUCCCUCGCCGUCACCCCUGCGAACUACCUCCUCUUCGCCUGCCACUUGACCAACUUCGGUGCUCAGAGCACACAGGCAUACCGCUACCUCAACUACUGGAACUGGGGUGGACGGGAAGCUGCUCUCGCCGAGGCAGCCAAGAAGGGCAAGGAUGCCGCUGAGGCCGGUGCUUAA